GUUGUAUUCCAAAUAGAUUGAUUCCAAGACCUUCCAAAGCUGCCUUAGAAGAAUCGCGUUUUCUGAGAAAUGUAUGGUAGAUGACGAAUGCGAAGGCUGGAAAUGUUCUUGGAUGGCGUUUUUAUUGCGUUUUAAGAUCUUAACUUUGGAAAAUAUAAUUUCAACAUUAAAGACAGGAUGGUUUUUAUUUGAUCAAUAUGCCAUCUAAUUCAGUGCCAUUUGUGCGGUAUGGUGUUCUUGAAAUAGUGUUUAUAUUAAUUAUUUUUUCAAAUUUUAUUCUCACCAUAUCAUACCUACUCACCGAGAACGAUGGAACUACGCAACAUGUCCAAACUAAUGAUUUGGUGGUACCAUUAAUUAUAGCCAGUUCCAUUAUGUUGUUAACAUCGUGCGUCGUGUUUUAUAUUCUGAUAUUUCGCGCAAGGACAAAUGAUCUGGUUGGAAAUUUGCGCAUUAGAAAACGCACAGCAUCUUUCAAGGUGGCACAGCUUUCCUGGAUUUUGACUGGCAUUGAAACAGUCUUGCGAUUGAUAGGAUUGUUUCACUUUAAACUGGCUGAACGCAACCCUGAUAUAUCUUAUUGGUUGGCGAUUGCUUCUUACCAUAUACUGCUGCUUUUUCAAACAACUUUUCAGAGUGAGUAAUGGUUGUCAGAUUUAUCAUUUUCAUUGUUGCUUGUAGGUUCUGAUAGAAUGGUAAAUAGAUGUUUAUGAGACGAUAUUCGGACAAUUUGUUUCAGUUCAAGUUGCCCACAGGUUUUGACUGGUCAUAAUUAACCCUUUAAGUGGUAAUACACCCCUACUUUAUUAUUUUACUCUGUCUAACGCCAGACAAUUUUACUCGUCAGUGGGAAACUUAACUCAUCCAUGCAUUGUGCCCUAAUGUACGUGCCCUACUUUAUCAUUUUACUCUGUCUAAUGCCAGAUGAUUUAAUUUACACAUAAGGGGAGAGCACUAGCUGGCACUCAAUGAGAGAGUUUGCACUUAACAUAUGUUCAUGUCAUUGUUUAAUUAGCCUUUGCUUCAUGAUCACAAACAUGUUUGUGUAAUAGCUGCCAGAAUGACAAGUGUUAAGCUAAACUUUGUGAUUUUCUGUAGUUUGUUGUCUCCAUGUAUAUGAAAAGAACACUCGUCUCAGACGUGAAGGACUGCGAUGGAUGAUAACCCGCAAGUCCUUUUUAAUUAUUGUGGCGUUCAUGAACUGUUACAUGUGGGUCUUGAAUGUCGCUGGGGUUAGAAUCCUUGUUGACUUGACUAGUGACAAGAUGAAAGACCUACUGAGUGGAUCUGUUGAAAGGAUCAUAUACACUGCAAAUAGAGCGUCAACAUUAGCAUACCAUGUUGAGUCUGUGCAAUUGUUCUAUAAAUUUUACGAAGAAGAUAAGGAGUCGUUAGUACAGCAACAGUAUGAGAACCUUGAUAAUCAAAAUGUGGGAGCCAAUGUAUGUUGUACCCUUUUGAUUAAUUUGAAUUAUUUCUAUUAGUUAUCAAUUACAAUACAUUCUAAUUGAUUAAUUAAUUAAGUGCUUUCUGGCAUAAUUUUAGAACAUUGUUGAAACAGACUCGGCCAAAGGAAUGUGGGGUGGAUUUUUUAUGUUUGUUUUGUUUGUCUCAAUGGCUGUUGGAUCAUUUCUUGUCAGGUAUGAAACUGCAGAUGCAGAGUCUCCUCCCACAUCACCUCCACAAGAGAUCUAAGGUGCAAUACAUUUGCAAUGACAUUAAGGGACUACCUGGAACCUUAUUCCUUGACUCUAGGUGUGAGAUUGGGUCUGUGUUCCCAAGUUCCCUUUGUGAAAUUUUUUCCUUUGUUCCCCCCAAAAGAUUUCCACCAUGUUCCCUUAAUGUUCCCCAAGAUUUUUUUGCUUUGUUUCCUUGUUCUCAUGGCAAAGUAUGCCAAGUGUUCCCUUAAAACCCCUGGUAGACCCUUUCAAUGAUGGUACACCCCUGAAAAAUUCAGUGUAGAUGUAGUGAGUGGGUAACUGGAUGGAGAACAGUGGGAUUUUCAAAAACAAUAUUUGAAAAUUUCAAUCACUGGUUGGUACUAUUGCUGGGUAUAUUAUGCAAAGGUAUCCAUUAACCUCAUUAUUUUGCCACUACAGGACAGACAUGACCAACAUCCACUAUUUUGCUACAGCUGCAAUUAUUGGCAUUCUUGUCACAAUAUUCUGUAUAACUUUAAACACGACCCUAUCCCAAGACAAUAGUCAAAUCCCCAUGGUUGGCAUGCUCCAAACACAAGAUAACAACCAUGAUGGCCAACAAAAUAAUCUGGUGAAUGAAGUCCCACAACAUCGCAGUAUGAAUAUGUUUGAAGACAUAGCUUCAUAUGUGGCUGGUGAAAGAGUUGGUCAUUUAAGGAUUUUAUUGUUUUAUUCAAUAUCUGCAGUGAGCUAUCAUUUUUUACUGACAAUGAAGAUCAUAUUUAAUGAUAUAGAAGAGGUGGAUGCAUAUCAGCCUGUUCGAGAGGGCUGCAAAGGUCUUGCAUGUAUGAGUCUCACUGUAUUCAUGUUCUGGAUGAGUCAUGAAGAUAGAAAAUUAAGGUAUUUUAUUUACAAAUAAACCUUAACAACAGAAAAGCAUGUGUGUAGUAUUGAUUAUAUUUAUUAAUUGGCCUGGAAUGUCACAUUAGUUUGCAGUGUUUCAGUACUUUCAUAUCAAAAUCAUUAAGCCCCCUCUCUAAUGAACCCUCACUUUAUCAACCCCUCUCUAUUAAAUUAACCCCCUCUCUAUAAACACCCCCUCUAUUAACCUCCCUCUCUAUUAAUGAACCCUCCCUCUCUAUUAACCCCUCUAUUAAUACGCUCUACAUUAAUCUCCUUCCCACCUCUUUUUAGCCCUCUCUCUAUUGACACCCCUGUCUAUUAACAUCCCUGUCUAUUAACAUCCCUCUCUAUUAAGCCUCCUCUCUAUCAAGCCCCUCUCUAUUAAUUAACCCUCCCUGUCUAUUUAACCCCCUCUCUAUUUAUCUCCCUCUCUAUAAACCCUCCCUCUCUCCAUUAAAGCCCCUCUUUAUCAAGCCUUAAAAAUAGUACUUAUGUUUUAAAAAGGUGCUGGUGUGACCUGAAUGUGAUGUUCUGGAAUGUACUGGCAUUGGUGUCCCUAGAGCUUAUCGAAGAAACAUUUGAACAUGGCAAUACUAAUAGAGAUCCUUUACAACUCUACGCUUUGCCAUUGGCAAUUGAUUUUAAGAUAUACGUCUUGAUUCAUACAUAUAGUGAUAUUGUAGCAGCAAGAAAUGGCUACAGGCAAGAAUUGAGACGUGCUGCACUCGAACCGCGAAUAGUUGCUGUUAGUUCGAGAUCUACUACUCCUUCUAUUGAUUCAAGUAUUCGUUAUGAUUGAAAAUCUCAAUUUAGUACAUGUUACAGUACCUUAACUUGUUAUAUGUAUAGACUAAUCACCUGUACAAGUGUAGUAACAUAUUGCAACUUGUUUUUGCAAAAUUUAACUGUAUAUAAUUGUUACAUAUGUCCGCAAUUAACUUCGUUAUAUAUAACUGAUAUCUUGUUACUUUUCGCAAGAUGUAACUUUUUCAUACUAAUUCUAAAUUUUUAAUGUAAUAGCUGUAACUUGUUGCAUGGUUUAGUAAUAAUAAAUAUUGUUUGGUAGGUAUAGUAUUGAACUUUUUAAGACUAAUACCUUUUUGAAAUGUUUAGCUAAAAAUAUAUCUAGUGAUGUAUGAGCAUGUAACGCAGACUUCAUACUGUUACCCAGAGACUGCUACCUUUUCGUAACAUUUCAUCAUUCACGCCUCAGAGCAGGGCCAUGAGGGCAAAGGGGGCAAAUUGCCCCGAGUUGCUGGGGGCCCCUGAAAAAUUUUUGUAGGGCCCCAGCGUUUUUUGUGUGUUAAAUAUUUCCGCGCAAAGGACAAGAUAUCUGUUUUCUU